UGGAAUAGUUCUUAUGUUUGUUAUAAUCCUUAUUCGAUGCAUUUUAAAGAAAUCAAUAUUAAAAAAAAUAAUAUAAGAUCUGUUAUGAAAGUUUGUAGAUUUCAUAUAUAUAUUCAACCACAUUGGAAUUGGGUCAAUCCUGGGUAUGAUGUUUUAAAGUUGGAAGAACAUUGUGAUUGUGUUUUCUUGAUUGAUGAAGAUGAGAAAGAUGUUAUAAAUCU